AAUAGAUGACGACAUCCGAAUCGAACCAACACCGGUGUUGAUGGUUGGCCCAUCGUCCAGCCAAAUUGUAGGCUUCAUCAGAUUCCCGUUAGAUGGCAGCAGCAGCAGCAGAAGGCACAGAGAGCAUGACACCCAAGAGGAGAUCGAAGGCAGUGGCUUCGGGAGGACGAAAAGGGAUUACAGUUUGGAGGAUUUCUUAGUCUGGAUGGCCUCCGGUGAUGGAUCCACCGAAGAAUGGCAACAUCGCCCAAGAGACACUUCCUGGAUGAGAAGAGAAGUUACCACAACCACUGUCUAUCUUACCACUACCGUCUACACGACAGUAUUGCCUGCCCCAUUUACACCAUCCACUUUCACCACUUCAACUGUCAACAACCCUUCCAUCAUUAUCCAACCCUCUGCAGUCACCCCUAUUGUUGCUCCACCUACGAAGUAUCCAGACUAUAUUCCUGAGUCAGCUAAUUCAGUUCAUAUCAUAGACAAAGGAGGCAAAAAUCUAGACGACAGUUUCAGUUCGACAGCGACCACCACUGGACUCCCGAGCAAAGGAGACAACACAAACCCAGCUCUCCAAGAACGCCCACAGAGCGACUAUGCCUCUUCGCACAACAGUGGGAAUGUCAUUCCUGGGUUGCCUACAUCUAAGGGCCAGACUGCAGACAAACAAGAAAAAACAAGUUUCAUUACAAUUACAAAAACAGUUACUGCACCUCCGACGGGAGUUCAUGUAAACAGACCAGUAAUUCUCACCACUACUUCAUCCUCAGAAGAAUCACAGUACGACAUAACGGAUCUGAUUCAUACAUCUCUGGAGUACCCGGGCCCGUCAGCUACACUAACCACCUCAUCUGUAACCCCCACUCCAGUUCAUGUAACUGAAUCUAUGCUAAAUACGUUAAGUCCAACAUCACAAAAUUUACAUGACUGUUCUACAAACAUUGCUCAGCCAACACUAAGUGAUAGCUUUGUUCCUGUGACACCAACUGCAGUAUUCAGCUCAACGAAAGAUGAUGAUUAUUACACAGGAAGAGAAACUCCAAUGUUGAUAGUUCCUAGUUCAACAUCAUCCUCACCUGAGCAGGAGAUUAACACUGAGUUUAACACAGUACCCUUCUCUGCAGCAGCUAGUUCUGAUCCUGAAGGUUCUAUAGUAAACACAACCCAGGCAGUAAGUGGCACAGUAGAUACCAAUUAUAGCACAUAUGCAACAGACAAGCCCACUACCACUCCAUCUAAAGACGUCAGUUUCAAUGAUAGCAAAGUUUCAGAUACCACAACUGAGGGAGUAAUGUUCAGUCCUGAUGAAGAGAUUCCACAUGGUAACAUGACCAGUUUUACCACUCAUUCGACUAUUUUCUCAUAUGGUUUCAACAUUACAGAAAACCCUGCAACUCCAAUGACUGGGGUAACAGAGAGUACCAUACCUGCAAAGGAUGAAGUGGAAAAUGACCUUAAUAGUACUGAUAUAGUGGGAUCAACCCUUUUCUCAGCAACAGAUCCCACUAGUACUGAUAAAAUACUUGAGACAGAAUUAAAUACUUUGCUCUCAGAGGAGUCUGCUACAAGUUUUGUAACCAGUACAUUCAUAUCUCUUAUUGAUGAAGAAGAAACAACUGUUACUAAAACAGAGGACUUGCAUCAAACAAACCCGAGUACAGUGUAUACCCAGACACACUCAGUUGUUACAAGUUCUGAAGGAAUGAGCGAUGUAUCUUUAUAUGGUAAUGAGUAUGACUUUUCCACAGAAACUGGCUUCUACAGCACUACAGAAGCUCCUGUGUACACUUUCCUUGUGCCAAAUUCCAGUAGCGUCUUUCCCUCAUAUCAAAGUGGACUUUCAGAAACACCAAUAUUCAUAACUUCAACAGCAGGUGUGGAUGUUGUAGAUCCUGCACCUAUUGAUGCUGACGGUGAAAGUGAGGCUGAAUCAGACAAAACAACUACUGCAACAUCUAGUGAUUAUUAUAGUACAUUGUUUCCCACAGAUUUUACAGUGGAACUUGAUGGCCAAAUGUCUGAAGAAUCGACUCCAUCACCUUUCACUACAAGCACUACACUACAGUUCAGUCUGGAUGUAAAUGAUACUUCUACAGAGAGUAGUUUUGACUCUACUAAUACCACAAUAGGAGAACCUGAUUUAACUACAAACAGCAAUAAUCUUACUGGUGUAGAGGAUACAGACACUGAUGCAGACACUGGCAGUGGUGAUUUUAUAGUUCCUCAACUAGAAAGUGAUGUAACAAGCAGCACAAUUUCAAGUGAAUUUGGUUUGGGAGAGGAGUUAAAUAGAACAGGUACAGUAAAUGGAACUUUGGGGCAAUAUCCUGAGACUGAAUAUAGAACAACUGUUCUAAUAUCCCCAACUGCAACCACCAAAUCUCACAUAUCUUCUGGUAUAGAGGCAUCAUUAUCAGUUGUAUUAUUACCUGGGCACAGUGAUCAUGUAACUCAGCCUUUUGAUAUCAUUACACCAAGUGCAUUACCAAGUUUACCAUAUCCUGGUGAUAGCUCCUCUGCAAAUGUCUCUGAUUAUGGAAGUGAAAAUUUUGUGCCAAGCACUGUGAAUGUCACAAUUUCUUCAAGACCUGAGCACCAGUCUUCAGUGCCUCUAACUACUGUGCAAUAUGAAACAUCAAGUGUUAAUGUUCAAGGCAGUCCUUCAGUUUAUCCAACACUACAGCCUUCCCCUGGGUCUUCAGAGGAAACUGAUACUAGUGUUCUAACUUCGACUGCCGCUUUGCCAGGUGACAAAUCAACCACUUUUCAGCCUUCCACGCCAACCUUAUUUCCUAGUGAAGAAUCAAGUUUGUCAGAUUUACCUGAUUAUUCAACGAAAGAAGUGAUAGACCCAAAAUCCACAACAAGUGAAAUGCUCAACUUUACAUCUGAUAUUGUAUCCACUAUUUUCUACUCCCUAACUUCCACUACAUCCUCAAGUUCACCAGGACUUUCUACAACACAAACAUCCCAGAUUACUACUAUAUCGCCUAAUGCUUCAUUGACAACAAACAGUUUUUUAGAAGAGAGUACUCGAGAGAGUUUGUUUCCAGUCACAUCAGAUGUUUCCACUUCUACUAUUACUACUUCUCUAGAGGACUCAGUUAUUGAAACCACUCAAGGAGGUUUGUUAACACCUAGCAUUGAUAGUACUGUUAUUCCAAAGAUGACAACUACUUUAACAACAGGAGCCCAGCCCAGCCCUCCCAGUCCUAGCAAUAAUGCCACAGUUCCUCUAGAUCAAAGGUAUUGGGUUAGGACCGUGUUGCAAGACUGUCCAAAAGAAGAAGACACUAUUACAUCUUGGUCUCGCAUUCAAACUAAGUUAACAGAAGCCUAUCAGCUUGCAUUCAAGCGUAGUGCUGAGGCUCUGAAAUAUAAAAGUACCUUAAACCAAAAAGGUGGUAUCGGGUCAGGGAACCAAGUUACAACAACAGAAUCAACAGUCAAAGCGACAAUCAGUCCAACAACUGUGAACCCUUAUGAAAAUUACACAACAAUCAUUGGCAGACGGAGGAGAGAAGUCAUCCCAGAUAUUCGCAAGUCAACAAUACCUUGGCAUCUUUCCCAAAAUGCAAUUAUUCCCAGUCCUCUAGUAUACAAAAUGUCAACAGGACUAAAAAAGGAUGAAGAGAUAGUUUCACUUAAGAACAGAGAAAUUAAACAAUUAGAUUUUACCAAUCAAGUGGAAAAACAUAAAUCAAGGUUUCCAACCUUCCUGAAUAGUAUCAGAAUCAAGCGCUAUGAAUCUGAAGGGAAAGUAGCUAGAAAGUCAAAGUCUUUAGAUCAAGCAACUGUCACAAAUCCUUUCCUGUCAUCUCGAACUCUCAAAGCAACUCUGUCUUACUCUCCAAGCGUUCCCGUUACUUUUGUUGGUUAUCCAACACAAAGGACUUUCCCUACUCAGUACAGUCGAAUGAGACGUGCAGUACCCGACGACAUAAGCGUUAGGCUUCAUAACGUUACCUACGACAACAUUACAGAUGUGACGGAGCUUGUUUACACAGUUUUUGAAGGAGAAUGGCCCAUCUUAGCUUCUGAAGCCGUCGGGAAUAUGUCAACAAUAGACGACAUGGAAAUGGCGGUGCUUCUUGAUCAAGUUGUAGUUAUAAAAGCAGAAGAAUAUUUAUCUUCAUCGCCCUUACCGGACCAACAGCAGGAUGUGUACAUCAUCAUAGGAGGUGUCGUUGGUGGAGUAAUGCUUCUAGUUUUUGUGUUAUGGUGUGCUAUGUUCCUGUAUAAACGGAAGGCCAGAGAGGAAGAAACGUUACAACCAGACUCUCAGGAGGUCACACCCAGGAGUCAGCUGAGUACCAAUGCCUACCUGGGUCACGUUAACCUUGGUUACUCGGACCCCAGAGAUGAAAAGGCGGAAGCGGCUCCGAUACCCUCGACGUCCCAACCCGUGGAUGACGAUCCAGGCAGGUCCUCGCCCUCGGGAUCCCACGACCACCUCAUCCGGCCCAGACAAGGGCCCUCUCACGGCUCCGCCAGCAAACUCGACCAGCAUUUCUACAGGAGGAGAGGCCGAGGCGACGCAGCAGGAGACAGGAGCAGCGGCAACACUUCAAGAGAAGGUUCCGUCAGAGACGAGGAAGACUACGCAACCUCGGAAGAAGAAGAAGAGGAAGAGGAUGAUAAUGAAGCAACCACGCUGCGACGUCCGAAAAGCAGCGUCCCUUGGAAGAAGAGCGGCCGCCUGACCAUGGACGAGCACGUGUACAGUUCUCCGAAGCCCAUCAGCUCCCAGGACUUGACGGGUCCUUCUGCCACUUCCCGGUACGAAACGACGCACUCUGAAAUGAGUUCGAGCGACCCCACUCAACAGCUGAUGGCCAACAUCCUCCACGGGGCUCAGAUUUUCACCAGCAAGGACCAGGGGUCGCUAUUCUUGCCACCGCCCCUCCUGCCCCCUCCCAAAGGUUUUGGGAAGUCCCAAGACCCUCCUUUCAUCCCGGGGACGUCCCUGCCGCGCUUCCUCCCGCCCCCGAGGCCGCUCAAGAACUUGGAGAGUGUUGUGGACGGAGGGAAGCGAAGGAUACCGUCGCAGAUCGACGCUUAUGCGUACGACCCCGAGGCGCCGCCCAUUCCGCCCAGGAAUUACACCCGAGAGGAAGCGGGGCUGCCGCCCCUUGGCGAAGGAGGGUCUCCUCCACGGCCUCCAAUGAGAGACGCCGAAGUCGAGGCUCGGAUUGAGAGCGAGGUUGUUGUGGCGUCUUCUUCUAAUGAGGAUCGAUUGAGGCGCCCCUCCGAGUCCUCUUCCCACGUGUCAGAUUCCGGAAUGUCGGAGAGCAGCAUGCCUAACGUAGGGCGCCUGCGCCGUCGCUUCCACGAUCUGCUAGACGAUGCCUUUUCCUUACUGAGCGGUCAACGCCCGGGAGAUAAGGUCACCCCACUAACCACUCCGACGAUGUCACGCAAAACUCGAUCCAAAUCUGCUGCUGUGCCUCAAGGCCGGACGCGGCCUGCAGGCCUAUUCCAAGAGGAACUGGACGAUGCGAUUGCAGGUCGUCCUUGGUCGGCAGCGGCCGUUCAGUCUGCGGUGCCCGGCUGGAAGGAAGCUCAAGUUGCUGUCGGUGUGAUCCCACUGGAACAAAGCAAGUCGCCCAGAUCAGCCUGGGGAGACUCUGGCCGGCCGGGCACGAGCUUUGGCAGGCCGAGUAGCGUUCCUUCAGGAGCCAGUCGCCCUAGCAGCGUCGUUGCCGGGGCAGGGCGGCCCAGCAGUGGCCCUUCGGGCACGUGUCGUCCGGGGAGUGGACGAAGUGGCAGAAGCAUUACCCCUGUUAAUAUGCCCCCGUUGAGUCCAGAAGCUGGUGGAAGGAGGCUGUCGACCACCAUCACUAAUGUACAAAGCAGAGCUGGCGAACCAAUAGACCCGGACACGGGUCUCAGAGCAUCCGACCCAGCAGUGCCACUCAUCCGGGCCAUCAAGGAAGAACUGAAGCGCUUCAAGAGCAGCGUCAGCACAGACACGUCCAAUGCUUGAGCGGAGCGCCCCUGGCAGUGAGCGGCAAGACCUAAGGAAGGAGGAGUGUGGUAGAAUAUUCACUCUGCUGAUAUUGUCCGGUAGUGGCCGCAAAGGAGAAAAUUGCCCACGGCAGAAUGUGAGAUGAGAGUGAAGUGCAUAAGGCCACAUUCACGCAGGUUUCACCUGAACUUUGCAAAGAAAAAUUCUGACUGCAGAACUGAGAGUUUAAUCUCGAAUUAACUACUAUUGUGCGUCACAAAAUAAGAUGUGCUUGGUGUAAUUCAUUUUUUGUGAUUUUGUUCUUUGUAGAAACAACAGAGUUUGAUUGAAGGUUCUUGGUUGUGUGUAUAUUUCUUUUCAGACUUUUUACCAGUCAUGUCAUUCGUGAUAGUUUCGUGACCUAAAGGAGGUCCUCGAGAACUGAAGGAGUUUAUGAGGACCAAUUUGUUGAAAUGGACGCCUCUGAGGUGAGACAUCAAAACUGAAAGGAACAAAUUCUUGUAUAUUUUUCUUUUCCAAUGAGCAGAAUUUUAUCGAAGGCUUCAGAAAAACAUAAUUAUACUUAUAUAUAUUUUUGGAAAAAUGUGAAAACGGGAAAUUUUCUGUACGAUGGCACGUGAAUAUGUCUGUCAUUUACAAAAUAUGUAAAGUUUUCUCUUUUUUAUUUUCGUAUAUACUUUCAGGAAUAGGCCACGUUGUGCAUAGAUUCUUUAUUUAAGAGAUGUUCCGGGUAGCUAACUGUUAAAAAAAGGACACUGAUAUACGCAGUAUAUCAAAGUAAAUUACGAAAACUAAAAUGACUACAAGAUAAGAACUAAAUGAUCAGAUGCGCCCAUUUUGCGAACGAUGGCAUGAAUCUGCCCAAUAGGUUGUUUAUGGUACCAAAUAAAACAGAUGAAUCUUUGGAAGCGAAGCAAUUCCGUAUUAAGUUUGUGCUCUGAACAGAGCGACCAUUAAUCUGUCAUUUGCCUACAUUUCAUGCUUAGUUCAUUACUUAGAUUUUUUAUCAUAUUAUGUGCCUAAUACGUAGAAUGAAUCAUAAAUCACUGCAUUUAACGAUUUAUGUGCCAAAUACUGUGUAGAAUUUAUUUAAUUCUAUAGAAUGUCAGCAAUAUAUUGUUGAUAUUCUUGUUUAGUCUACAGUCAAUAAAGGCACUGGUAUAUUUAUGAAUGUACACAAGCUUCAUUUGGAAUGACAGUUGUACAAAAAACAAAAGAUGUCAUUCAAUCGAUGUGAUCUGUCUUGCAACUUAUAGGUUUUCCAAGGGACCAGGUUAUGAUUUGUGAUUUUGUAUUGUUUUUAAGUUAGAUUAGGCCUUAGGAUUUCUCAUUCGAAGCGCCGCAAAUGAAGCAAAAUAGCUAAAGAGGACAUUAAAAGAGGUUGGUUAUUCCUUCGGUAUUUCGGAGGACAGGGAAAAGGCCGACGUCUCAUUUGCUUCAUUUAUGUGUUUUUCAUCAUUCUGGCCUUUCCUUUUCCUCUACUGUCGUCGUGGGGCGUCCACAUCAGGCUUCUCAUCCAGAGGCCGGCUUAAUUAAUCUAGGCAACCAACCUUUCGUUUACUCUCCAUUCUUACGUCCUUUUUCCGCUGACACACCAUCAGCCAACAAGCGAGAUAGGAAGGCGAGGGAUGUUCUGAGGCAAUGUUAUGGUGUCAGUCUUCUAAAGGAGACAGGCUCUCGGUUUCCCUUCGAUUGUGGGCACCUUUGGAAUCUGUGCCAGUGUUUUGUGUUUACUUUUAAAAGUGGAGAAGACUCUCCUGAUGAAUGAACAGAGAAUCAAAUAUUGUGAGCACUUUCUAGAAGCGCUCUUAAGGUAAUAGAUCACUAACAGACCAACUUUCAACUGCCAACGGACUUCCAAAAAUGCUUCUUUUUUCUUCAGCAUGUCUACCAUAUUUCGCGUAAUCAUGAUUUCUGUCAUCAAAGUGUGCCAUCAUUUCCAUUUAUUUGACUUUUGUCAAUGGAGUGCGGAGGCCAAUGUGAAUGACUAGAAACGUGUUUCGUCUGUGUCUGAGACGUCGGUUAAAAUUGCACUGAUAGUUUGUGAAUGGUAAGAUUUUUUUUUUUUGUAAUAGGUUACAAUGUUCUAAUAUUCAAAGAGAUCUACCUGCUUGUAUCUAUACCAUCUGACUUGUCUAUUUUGCAUCCUGAUUUUUCACUCUCACAUGCCGAGUAACUUUCAUGUCAGUGAACAUUUCAAAUGUGCAAUUUCAAAUUCGGCUUUCAUUGUGUCAAAGAGACAUUUGUCAACAUGACGUUUAAUUAUACAGGAGUAUAAUAAAACGUCAUCCUUGUAUUUGUGCUAAUCUUUGUAUUGGUAACUUACGGUUCUGGGACAACUUUUAAUACCUAUUUCUGUGCUGAAAACGACUAUCUUCAUGUGCAAUGCUGCACCGUCACUGAAAUUGUCUUUUUUAAAUUGCAAUUCAGGCACAAUUACAAGUACAUAAAAAACGACUUCCAUGUCAGCAGGUCUAGGAUCAUAGCUGAUUGCUGACGUCUUAAUUUCCCAGUCUGAUAUUUUUCCUAUUUUUAGGUGUGUUAGGUUCUCUCUCUCUCUCUCUCUCUCUC